AUGGGUGAGAGCGGUUCAUGGAGGAAAGGCUAUGACGAGAGGAACAUCCCUGUUUCAUGGAGGAAAGGCUAUGACGAGAGGAACAUCCCUGUUUCAUGGAGGAAAGGCUAUGACGAGAGGAACAUCCCUGUUUCAUGGAGGAAAGGCUAUGACGAGAGGAACAUCCCUGUUUCAUGGAGGAAAGGCUAUGACGAGAGGAACAUCCCUGUUUCAUGGAGGAAAGGCUAUGACGAGAGGAACAUCCCUGUUUCAUGGAGGAAAGGCUAUGACGAGAGGAACAUCCCUGUUUCAUGGAGGAAAGACUAUGACGAGAGGAACAUCCCUGUUUCAUGGAGGAAAGGCUAUGACGAGAGGAACAUCCCUGUUUCAUGGAGGAAAGGCUAUGACGAGAGGAACAUCCCUGUUUCAUGGAGGAAAGGCUAUGACGAGAGGAACAUCCCUGUUUCAUGGAGGAAAGGCUAUGACGAGAGGAACAUCCCUGUUUCAUGGAGGAAAGGCUAUGACGAGAGGAACAUCCCUGUUUCAUGGAGGAAAGGCUAUGACGAGAGGAACAUCCCUGUUUCAUGGAGGAAAGGCUAUGACGAGAGGAACAUCCCUGUUUCAUGGAGGAAAGGCUAUGACGAGAGGAACAUCCCUGUUUCAGCGAGGAAAGGCUAUGACGAGAGGAACAUCCCUGUUUCAGCCAGUGAGUCAGAAUUCCUGACAGAUUAUCCAAUUUGA